AUGGUAUGCAAGAAAUGUGAAAAGAAACUAACUGCAUUAGCAGCACCAGAUAAAUGGAAAGAAGGGUCAAAAAACGCUGUUGUCGGCUCAUCGGGAAGAAAAUUAAAUCAAAACAAAUUACUAUCCAAAUCUGCAAAGUCAAGGUAUACACCUCUUGGAAAUAACUGUAAGCUUUGCAAAGCUAGAGUACAUCAAGAAAAAGCACAUUACUGUCAAGAUUGCGCAUAUAAGAAAGGGAUUUGUGCAAUGUGUGGUAAACAAAUACUCAACACAAGCUCUUAUAAACAGUCAACCACAUAA